AUGUAUGAGAUGCUCCAUGGCCUGCCACCGUUCUACUCCAGGGAUCACAACGAAAUGUAUAAUCGUAUUGUGAAUGAAACCCUCAAAUUUAAGAGGGGACUUUCCACUGUAUCUGCGGAUAUUAUCACCGGGGUAAGAUGUUUUUUAUUUUCUCUUCGAAUGAUUAGUAGAAAGGUGCAAACAAAUGAUGUCUGA